GGGUUGCAAAGGAGGCGGACCUACCACGACCCCCACAGUUGGAGCUUCAAAUGGUUUUACAAUGCAAACCAUCUCGCAAAGAACAGUUUGUGGCCACUGCAUUGGAAAGAGACGGUACAAAUGUGCGUAAAAAUCCACGAAUACAGAUAGACAGAUAGAUGGGCAACUCUCACCUUCCCUGAGGAAAAGAAAGACACGCGAAACGCACGAAAGGAGAGCGUGGUCAUCAGAUUGUUCCCACUUACCAGCGGAAUUAUCGUGGAAGCUUCGUGACACGAGCUUUUGAUAUUCAAGUCACUCAUAAGAACUGCUUUAAUCGAACGCAUACACCAAACAGAGCUUGAAUUAUGGAGCCUUCUCAAUCAGAGAUGAACAUAUUAUCAAACGGGAAAAGUCAUGACCUCGGCGAGGAUGUGGGUGUGCCAUUGAAAACAAUGCUAGAUGAGGAUCAAAAUGGCACUCAAACAGUCAGAUAUGAAGAGCCUGAUGAUGGACUGGAGAACGAGGAAUUUUUGCCCAACGAAGGCGGAAAGAAACCCAUACGUUUCACAGAUUUUGAAGGAAAGACGUCUUUUGGCAUGUCGGUCUUCAACUUGGGCAAUGCUAUUAUGGGUAGUGGAAUCCUGGGUUUAGCUUAUGCCAUGGCCAACACUGGGAUACUCCUUUUUUGGUUUCUUCUGACUGCAGUAGCAGCUCUGUCAUGCUACUCUAUUCAUCUGCUGCUCAAAUCCUCAGGCAUUGUGGGAAUCCGAGCUUAUGAACAGCUGGGGUACAGGGCCUUUGGCAAUCUUGGAAAAAUAGCUGCUGGCACAGCAAUCACCCUGCAAAAUAUUGGAGCUAUGUCCAGCUACCUUUACAUUGUUAAAUCCGAGUUACCGCUGGUCAUCCAAGCUUUCCUGAAGGUUGAGCCCAACAGCGAUCUGUGGUACUUGAACGGAAACUACCUGGUCAUCAUGGUCUCUGCCAGUAUCAUCCUGCCCCUUGCUUUAAUGAAACAGCUUGGUUACCUUGGCUACUCCAGUGGGUUUUCUCUCAGCUGCAUGGUGUUCUUUCUCACUGCAGUUAUCUUCAAGAAGUUUCAGAUUCCCUGCCCCUUUGAGGAGUUCUCAGUGAAUGGUACCGCUUCCCACCUCAGCUUGAACGAUUCAGUCCAUAUCCAUGAGUACAACAACGGUGUGGUUCACGAGGAUGAUGACUCCCACUGCACCCCACGCAUGUUCACCAUCAACCCACAGACAGCAUACACAAUCCCGAUUUUGGCUUUCGCUUUUGUUUGCCACCCUGAGGUCCUGCCCAUCUACACUGAGCUACACAACCCAUCAAAGAAGAAGAUGCAGAAGGUGUCCAACAUUUCCAUCUUAAUCAUGUACACCAUGUACUUUCUGGCGGCUCUCUUUGGCUACCUGACUUUUUAUGGCAAUGUGGAGCCUGAACUACUGCACACAUACAGCCGGAUUGAUCCUUACGACACUUUGAUCCUGUGUGUGCGAGUGGCUGUCCUUACUGCUGUAACACUGACAGUCCCCAUUGUGCUGUUCCCAGUGCGUAGAGCCAUCCAGCAGAUGAUAUUUCCCACCAAAUCUUUCAGCUGGUUACGUCAUAUUGCCAUCGCUCUCAUUCUUCUCACCUUUAUUAAUAUGUUGGUGAUAUUUGCUCCUAACAUUCUGGGAAUCUUCGGCAUUAUUGGCGCCACAUCAGCUCCUUGCCUUAUUUUCAUCUUCCCUGCUGUCUUCUACAUCCGCAUUGUUCCCAAGGAAGAUGAACCCAUGAACUCUCUUCCUAAGAUAAUGGCUGCCUGCUUUGCCGCUUUGGGUUUCUCCUUCAUGGUAAUGAGUCUGAGCUUCAUUAUUAUCGACUGGACAACAGGGGAAGGCCUUGCUGUUGGAGGACACUAAGUGCUGCUUCAUUGUGUGUAGUCUUAGGGAAGGGGUACAUACUGUAAAACGGUCAAUGGUUAGAAAAUACUGUCAAGUAAGCAGGAACACACUACAGGGCUGCUAAGAACAGCUUCCGGGUUUCUAAAUGUGUAAAACACCCAGUAUAGUAUGUGGGUAGAAAGGAAUCACUCUUGGAAAUCAAUGUAACUUUUGGACUGUAAUUUAACAUGUAUCUGUACAAAAUCCAUUUAUUUCAAUAUUUUAUUAUUUAAGUUAACAGAGUGUAAAAAUUAUUUGAAUAAUUACGAAUGAACAGGGUUGUUGUUUUGUUUUGUUGUUACCCUGUGUUAGUGCGAUAACAUCCAAGGAUGCAGGGAUGAUAGUGAAAUUGUCUUUCCCUGUUGUUUUCCCUUUACUCACACACACAAACAGCUGCAGCUGGCACUGUACAGAGAAAGACAGUAUGAUUGACAGUAUGAAAGGAAACAAAUUAAGAUAAAGUAUAAACAAGAGACAGUAAAAUAACAUACGUUUUAUGUAUUAUUAGUUAUUUUCCAUUAAAUGCACAGAAGAAAACAGAUUAUUUCAACCUGCACCAGCAGUGAUCUGAACUGUUCAUUCUCAUCAUUAUUAUGGAAUAUUAUAUAAUGAGGUAUUUUAAAGCCUUAGAGCAUGGCCGACAUUUAAUUAUGUGUCUGCAAGCUUUUGCUUCAUAUGCAUAAAUCAACAAAUUUUAUUCAAAAACCUGGGUGCCUUUUAGCAUUUAACAAAAAGCACACAAAGAUACGAUGAAAGCAAGAGUUUAUAUUUAUUUAGCUAACUACCAGAAACAUGUUUUUAAUUUCAAAUGAAAUAUAUUUAAUUCUACUUUAUACAAUGAAACCAAUGAUCAUGAUACAGAGAUAAUUCACACAAAUAAUAUUUCACUUGUUUGUUAAAAUGUAAAGUGUUUGAUAAAGAAAUGCCUUUUUAAUGCUUUUUUAGUGCAUAUAAGCCAACUGUGACCCUUUAUAUAAAGAGUUCAAGUUUACUUUAACACUUUGUAGAAGUUUAUUUACCUUAUUUUAUUCCUUCUUUGAGGGUUUCAGAAAUAAUUUCUUUACUCUACCACAUCACUACAAUUUACAAGUUGGAUGAUGACUGUGUUUAAAAAAAAAUAAAUCUAAACAAGUGCCACGCUUUUCAUGGAUAAAAAAGAACACCUACAGGAACGUUUAAAGCCCAGUAAUGAGCAUGUUAUGUCCAGUUUCCAGUCUUUUUGCUCAGCUAAGAUAACAGCUAGGUAGCUCUACUUUUAUAUUUAUCGUAAGACGUAAAACUGGUGAUGAUCUCAUUUAAUUUUAAGCAGCAUCAAAGAGAAUGUUCAUCUUCCCAAACUGUCCCAACUAUUCACUCACUUUUAAUCACCCGUGGUUAAAAUUUAAAAGAUGUAUUUGCCCAGAUUCCAAAUACAUAAAUAAAGACCAUGUAAAUAGUUUGGUUGUACCCAGGUUUUAAUAGGAAUUUUAUAAACAAAUGUAU